AUGGGAAACGUCAACAUAGAUUUGAAAAAAAAAUGUACAUACGUAAACAUCAACGCUACCAACCCAUAUCGAAACACAGACAGCCACCCAUACACAAUGAACACUUCCCAUGACCUAUCAUCAAUCUACUCAACCAGACCAGAACCUUCGCAAUCGCAACCGCAACUGAAAAUUCGUCUCUUUCAAAACUUAAUAGAGAAAUACUUGGAUCCGCAUCGUUUCACAGAAAUACACUCCAUCGACCAAUGGACCACCCAAUUCAGAGACUUCGUCGUAUAUGAGGGGUUUGACCAUCUGCUCUGGGGGCCCUUCCUCGUCUGCAUCUUCUCCAAUAACAACAACACAACAAUAAACUGUCUUAUACUGGAUAAAUUGGGCAUCUCACCUUAUUUCAACGUCAAUAUAACGAAAAAUUCACAAUUCUACCCCGCUAUUGAAAACUUGAACGUCAAGGAUAAGGAUUCCAAGAUCAAGAAAUGUAUCGCCGUGACGCUGUUGCAAAAAUUCGUAGAGUUGCCCAAGGAUAAAUUAUUGAAAUUACAAACAUCGUCGAAAAGAGAAGAAUAUGAUCCGACACAUGCCGGUGACCUCGCUAGCUCUUGUAAACUGAUCACAGCGAAUAAGGCAGCUGAGAAUCUACAGAAAUUGUUGUGCAAUACCGGGUGUCUCCAACAUCGGUUCAUGCAAUCCACUUUAUUGGAUGUCGUUUAUGAAAAUGUAGAAUCCGCAAUCGACAUUAAUAAUAAAAUGGUCUUCCACUUGGGUGAACAAUUGGAACAGUUGUUCAACCCGGUCACCGAGUACUCCCCUGAACAAACAGAAUACGGUUAUAAACCACCGGAUGAUGAUGAUGACAGUAUCGAACACAACGAUGAUGAUCAAUUAGUGAAGGCCAUUUGCAAUGAAUUAUUGCAAUUACAAACAAAUUUUACACUCAGUCUAGUGGAAUUCCUUCAACAUUUCCUAAUUACACUAAGGAUAAAAGUACUUAAUGGUGACAUCGAGGGACUAUCCACGGUGAAAUUGAACAGACUCUUUCCCCCCACCAUCGAUGAAGUGACCAGAAUAAAUUGUAUAUUUUUGGACUCUUUGAAAUCUGCUGCACCUUAUGGUUCAUUGGAAAUCUUAAAGGCUUGUAACAUUACCAUCCCAUAUUUUUACAAGGCAUAUACGAGACAUGAAGCCGCCACUAAAAACUUUAGCAAAGACGUUAAAUUAUUCUUAAGAAAUUUUGGCAAUGUCAUCCCAGAGAGUGAAAAAUACACUGAAAUGAAAUUGGAAUCCAUUAUUAGAGGCCCGCAUGAAAAACUUCUCAAAUUGAAAUUAAUAAUUGAUAGAUUAUGGAAAUCUAAAAAAUGGCAAGAUCCAAAUGAUACACUAAUUGCUGAUAAAUGCUACAUGAAUAUUGUCGAUGUCAUUCAUUCCUUCGGGAAACUAGAUAUGACCAUGAAACCAUAUGAUACAAGAGUAUUUACACCCUCGGGGAAAAUAUUAACGGAAUUGGCAAAGGGUUGGCCCGUUGAAUUGCAAUAUAAAUGGUUAAAGAGACGUGUUGUCGGUGUAUUCGACGUCAUUGAUCAAUGCGACCCUCAAAGAAGAAACCUAUUGGUGGUAUUCAGUGAUUAUAUCAUUUUUUUAAAUAUUAUUGACCCAACAAGUUAUUAUUCCAAUGACAAUGCUGAUCCCUCCUAUAAUAAACCACUUAUUUCAGAUAUAUUAAUGAAUUCAUUGAUAAAUGAAGUACCAUUGCCCCCCAAGAUUCCAAAAUUAAACGUGGAAAACUACUGUUAUAUAGAUGACAUUAUCAUAUCUAUCAUUGAUAAUGAUUGUUUAAGAGUGGACGGUUCAAAGGACGAUACAUCAUUCUCGGUAGCAUGUAGGUUGGUCUCUAAGGAUAUGACAGCAUCUUCUGUCGCUGAAUUAGUCACGAAGGCCAAAAUAUUGGAAAAGGAUACAGCAUUCCAUCUUUUUAAGGCAACUGAAAGAGGGAUGGUGCUUUAUUCAACUGCUCACGAAAUGGAAGCUUACAGCACAGAAAAGAUAAAAUCAAAAUGUUGUUUAUUUCUAAACAUGGAACCCUCUCCACGUUUACUUGAAGAAAACAAUUUACAUCUUGCAUUUUUCACCAAAUUUGUUAACGAUGAAGUAAAUGUCAAUGACAAUGAUGAUCUGAUUAAAUUACAUGUAUUAACAAGUAAAGGUGAUAAAACUAGCAUGGAAAUUUCAUCGCCAACUAUUAUCCCUGCCAUUAUUCAACAAUUAAUAUCGGAACUUCCAAUAUGUUAUUCCUCGGUAGACUCUCCUAUGGUGAAGACUUUAUUAUCUAUAAAUGAAAACUUGGUCCAACAAAUGAAGAAAGACUGUAAACGGAAAACAACUCAAUAUACAACUACAACGCCCAAAAAGACAAAGGGGAAAAUAGAUGAGGGAAAUAGAAGAUCAUAUGGUAGCAUUACGACUUUUAGGAGUGAUGUUAGUGAUUUGAAACACUCAAAGCAGGAGACCAAAAUUAAAUCGAAGAAGAAUACAAAUCCUCCCACCACAACAACAAAGAAGAAACCUGCACUCCCAAAUAACGAUAAAUCAGUUUCUAAAUCUAAGGCUAUAACUUCUCAGAAGAAAAAGAAGAAAGGGAUAUUUGGUAUAUUCAAGAAUAUCUUUGGCAGAAAACCAAAAACACCCAUAUCUUCGCAACCAAAGCAACUCCCUUCAACUAAACCACCAAAAAAUGUUCCUACUAUUUUCAAAUCUAAGACAGAAAUUCCAGUGGAAAAAAAAAAUAUACCCAGGAAAUCCCAUGUGGAUACUCAAAGAAUUGGUUCAGUGGUUCACAAUAACCAAUAUACUGAUUCAGGCGCUACAAAACACGAGAAGGAGUUACCAAGUACACCAACUAAACCUGAAAUAUCUUCUUCUUCCUCUUCUUCUUCAUUAGUUACUCCUCCAUCAAUUGUUGAAAAGAGCAAUGGUAAUACCGAUGAGAAUCAUGAAAAUGUGGUACCGGUAGGUAAGCCCACUGUCGACGAGCAUAAAGCCGCUUCAAAAAAGACAAAAAGCAAUCCAACUUUCAAUAAAGAACUGUUUGGUGAUUUUAUUGAAGGUCUCUCUGAGGAUGCCAUAGAAUCAUCUCGAAUCGAAUCUCUACCAGAGAAAGAUAUCAGCCAAGUACAACGAAAUGAACCUUUGUCAGAAAAACAUUCUGGUCAAGAACGAAAUGAUGAAUCCUCUCAUGUAAUCCCAUCUGAAGGAAAAGAAAUUAAACAAGAAUCAAUUAAUACCAAUAAUGAUACAAUUGACCACGUUGAUGACACUCCUGAAAUUAUAGAUAAAUAUUUGUCUUCAAAUAGCAUUCUAGCAGAUGAGAAGAAAACAGUACAGAAGGAGAAAAUGUUUCCAGAAAUACCGAAACUUCACGUAAACAAAAUUCAAUUCGGUAAAUCCGAGUCAUUCGUUGAAUUAUUUAAGGAUAUGAAGCUUGUUUUAGAUGAAACGGACGCUAAAUAUAACUGGAGACGCCUGCCAAGUGAACGUGCACUGAAUGAAAAUUAUUUAAACAAUGCAACUAGCAGCUUUGCAAAGCAUGCCCUUAGAGAAACUAUUGAAGAACAAGAUGAAAAUAAGGAAGGUGCUACCGAUAUUUCGGAUAAUAAGGAAGUAGAGAUUCCGAAGGUAGAAGAGAAUGUUCUCUCACUACCAUCCAAUGCAACCCUGAAUAGUUCUCCAGACCUUGCAAACAAAGAUGUGAAGGAGGAUGAUGGUGAUCGCAUAGGAAGGCACUCAAAAAGAUUGAUUCAGGGAGACACUAAACCAACCUUUAAAGUAGUUAGUACCUCACCUGUUCGUGUCAUCAAUGAGAAGAACCAAAAAUUUAUCCACUCCCCAGAGAAUCGACAUUUUGCUGAUUCUGAGCAAAAUGCAACAUCUGAUUUUUCAUUCACUUCGGAUCUUAAUAAAAACCCUAAUAGACGUUUACAUGAAUUGGUUUUUCCCUCUCAGGAAGAUGUUGCAGAUGACAAAUUCUAUACACCAACAGAGGAUCCAUCAGAGACUUUUGAAUCACAACAAACUGCUUUAAUAACAAAUGAAGUCGAAAAGACGUCUACAAUGGAAUUACAAAAAAGUGCUGAUGUUCACAAAGACAAUGAUUCCUCUAUGAUGAAGGAUCAUUUAAUUGACGACCUUGAGUUUAGCUCAUUCCGCAUGUCAUUUGAUGAUACUCGUAGCGAAACCCAGGAAAAUGAACAUGAUUUAUCGAAACAUAUUAACCACUCGAUUAUACCAGAUUUAACGUACAGAGAGCAAGAAACCAAAGAGCAAGGACCACAUGUCUAUGUGCUACCAAAGAGUGCUUCAAUUGCUGACAAAACAUCAAAUGAUAUCUCUAAUCAAACUGAUGAUCCAAUUUGGAUAUCCCCAAGUAAAUUACAAUAUUUCGAGACAAAUGACGUCCAAAUAGUUCAGCAAAGGAAUAAAGCUUCUCCAGGAAACACCAUAAAAACACCGUUGAAAAGCAAGGAAGACAGUAACUUAUCAUCAAUUGAUCGUGAUUCGUCGUUUGCAUAUUUAACAGAAUUUCUAGAUAACAAGGAGAACGAAAAAGCAUUGAACGACAAUUCCAAUCGUCUCCAAUUUAAAGAAUAG